AUGCUGGGGACUACCAACGAGCUGGGGGCUACCAACGAGCUGGGGGAGCAGCUGCUGAGCCACGUGAGCGAUGCAGACCGACUCGCAUGUGGGGGGAAAGAAAAGAAAAGAAAGCACGGCGUGCUGAUGGAGGCGGAGGACGCCCUCUCCGACCACGGCGUCUGCGUCCGGAAGCGCUACGUCUCCUCCGACAACGACCGUUGGACAUCCUCCACGUCGCCGACGCCGCGGGCCGCAAGGUCGACGAGCCGACAGGCUGCUCGCACGCCUCGAGUCCGCUCUCUCCGCCGCCGCCUCGGCCACCAACGCGUUGCCGAGGGCGUGCGACCCGCCGGCCAAGGAGAGGAGGCUCUGCGUGCUCGAGCUCGUCGGGGCGACCGCCCGGGCCUCCUAUCCGAGGUAUUCGCCCUGCACCACCUGCGCUGCGGCACCAUUGACGCCAGGAUGUGGACGCACGGUGGCCGCGUCGCCGCGCUAGUCUGCGUCCGCGAAGAGGACACUGGCGCGUCCAUCCACGAGCCGGUCCGGAUCAGGCGCAUGGAGUCCCGCCUCCGGCACGUCCUCCGCGGUGGCGCGCGCGGCGCCAGGACGAUCUUGGUUGACGCGGCGACGGUGGGCAACCUGGACCGGCGGUUUCACCAGCUGCUGAACGGGGACGGGGAGGCCGAUAACGCGGCCUGA